AUGCCAGCCUAUUCUACGCUGGGAGGCUCGAAUGGCUCCCCGUCGGAAACGGGACAAGGCCGGGUGAAAAGGUCAGGCCGAGCACUGAAAGAGCAGAAUCUGGGAGGGGAGGCUUCCUGGAUUAGCAGUAAUAUCAACUUGGUCAAUACUAUUAUCGGCGCGGGCACUCUAGCCAUGCCCUUGGCCAUGGCACAUAUGGGAAUCCUCCUAGGCUGUUUUGUAAUAAUUUGGUCGGGUCUGAUGGCAGCUUUUGGGUUAUACCUCCAGACUCGAUGCGCUCGAUACUUAGAGCGUGGAUCAUCGUCCUUCUUCGCCCUCUCACAAAUCACGUAUCCGAACGCUGCGGUCAUUUUCGAUGCCGCGAUUGCCAUCAAGUGCUUUGGUGUUGGGGUGAGCUACUUGAUUAUCAUUGGUGAUCUGAUGCCAGGUGUGGUAAGAGGGUUCAAUGAGAAUGCCGAUUCUAUCCCAUUUCUUGUCGACAGACACUUUUGGGUCACAGUAUUUAUGCUUGUGGUCAUACCACUUGCAUUUCUACGACGCUUGGAUUCGCUCAAGUACACCAGUGUGGUCGCUCUGAUCUCCAUUGGAUACUUGGUGAUUCUGGUAGUCUAUCACUUCUCAAAGGGAGAUACCAUGGCCGACAGAGGAGUGAUUCGGGUUGUGGGAUGGGGCGGUCUUGUUCCCACGUUGCAGAGUUUCCCAGUCAUUGUGUUUGCCUACACAUGCCAUCAGAAUAUGUUCUCUAUCUUGAACGAGAUCAAGGACAACUCUCCACGAAGUACCACCAGCGUCAUUGCAGCAAGCAUUGGCUCUGCGGCGUCCAUCUACGUUCUAGUUGCCAUCACUGGUUACCUUUCAUUCGGUAACAACGUUGCUGGAAAUAUUAUUGGAAUGUACAUUCCUUCAAUUGCAUCCACAAUCGGCAAAGCAGCCAUUGUGAUUCUCGUCACAUUCUCAUAUCCUCUGCAGGUGCACCCAUGCAGAGCAUCUGUCGAUGCAGUCUUGAAGUGGCGGCCAAGCCGAAGGCGGAGCGCACGUAACUCACCUAAUGGCUCACCCGCAAGAUCAGUGCCCUUGCUCACAGGUAACCCAGCUCUACCCGUCGCAAGAAACGAUUCCAUUAGCGAAGUACGCUUCGCCAUCAUCACGUCUCUUAUCAUCGUCCUCAGCUACAUUACUGCCAUAACUGUCUCUUCGCUAGACAAAGUGCUGGCCUAUGUCGGCAGCACGGGUAGCACAAGCAUCAGCUUCAUUCUGCCAGGCCUGUUCUACUACAAGAUCUCGGCACCAGAAUCAAUACACCACCAGCGAUUGCAGAAAGACGAAGACGAAGACGACAGUGCAUCUGAUACAGAAGCUGGUCGGGUGAGCUAUAGUUCUAGCUCGUGGCGCGAGACCAUGUUGAGGAAGCUGUCUCUGGCCCUGGCAGUUUAUGGUAUGUUUGUGAUGAUCCUGUGUUUGGGAACGAACUUGUUCUUCACGGGCGGGGCUACCCAUUAG